AUGAGCCUGCUUGAUUCGACUUCUUCUCUUCCGUCGAACAGUAGCAAUAACAACACCAGCACGAACCAGACCAACACCGACAACCCACAUAACGAUACCAACACCCUUUCAACCUCGCUCUCUGACCCGACCCCACCAGUGAGCAAGGAUGCCGACCUCUCGACAACUCUGAGCCUGCGUCUAUCCGACUCCGAGCCAGCAGCCACAACGACUACAACAGCCCCACUAGGAUCUGGACUGGAGACUUCCCAUCUUGCCAGCAGUAACAGUUCGACCAGCAACAGCAGUGCCAUUAAUAUGACUGGUUUGCUGAUCUCCAACCAGUCAAACUCGUCCACCACAGCAACCAGCGAUGUACGUCCCCUCCAGGGCAUCGCAGAGUCAUCCUCCAGCGUCCGCAACUUCAAGGUCCUUUACGACCCCUUCCUGGAUGCCAGUAAAACAAAGAACACUGGGAUAAUGUGCCGCUAUCAGGAUGAUUUGACAGAGGAGGACAGGAGCGACCCUGUAGAUCCAAGGCAAAUGGCUGCCAACUACAGCUACCUCAUCUCCAAAACCAGGAGAGCAUUCAAAGGCACACUCACUCCCGUCCGUCUUGAGCUACAGUUGCCCGAUCAACGCUCACACAAGAUUCUCUUAUCUCAAAUGUCAACGCAGCGCGAUAGCAACUCAAUCGUUCAUCAUGGAGUUUUAAUCUCCCACUUGGCCUUUUCCACAACAGCUCUGGACCUGGAGAUCUUGUUUGCAGGAUGCGGCAACAUUUUGGACAUCAUCAUUGAGCGACAUCCUGCAACAGGGACAGGACUGGGAUUCGGACGUGUAGUGUUUGCAGAACCAGACGCAGAGGCUGCUGUCAAGAAGGCCGUCGAAACCUUACAUGGCAAACAAAUGGAGCGCGGACCUUUGAAGGUGAUCUCGGAUGGCGGCGGCACAAAGUUCAGGAAGGCAAAGGCCAACGUCGCUGCCAGGAUUGAGGCCGCCAAAGCGAAAGCAGUCCUUGCCGAAUCCAACCACGACCAAGACAACUACACCAACGACGAUGACAUGGAAAUUGACGACGCAUCGACCCCUCCACCCAGUGGAAUUCUCUCUCCAACGGCGACGUUGCCGUAUGCAGGUUCUACAGGAUCACAACCCGUCUUCGCCUCUACGGCUCCUGGAGCGCAUGCAAGCCAAACAGCUGCAUCAUCACCUUCUAUACCCUCAUCCUCAUCAGCAUCCAAACCUAAUCAGUCGUCCAGCAGUGGAACCCCAGCAUCGUCCACUCGGCGGAUACCCCACCCACUUCCACCCACACCUCGCACUCGCAUUCCAUUGCCGCCCAUCCCUCCACCAGAACUGCAUCAAGUGAGAGGCAACAAGCCCCUCCAUAAGGAAGAUGGAGAGGUUGAGGAUGCUGCUGGAAGAGCAAAACCGUCUGGAACAACUGCCACCCCAGCUGCUACCACAACCACAACAAGGACGGCGCCACCUGCAUCUCGACGGGAAUGGGAAAUAGGAGCUGAUCCUCAUGGUCCGCCCAACGAUGGUUACAGGACUCUACCAAAAGCACGCGACAUCGAUUCUUAUCGACCUGGCAUGGCGCCUCCCAUGCUCCUUUCUGCAGUAUCUCUGAGCCGAUCGGAUUGGAUGGGCCCUGGAAGUCUGGCAUCUGGAGCCCUUCCCAGAGACGAGUUCUACGAUCGAUACUUUGACGACAUGCCUUUUCCACUCGACCGGUACGAUCGGUAUCCUGGCAGGAGGCGUUCGAGUCGUAGUCGGAGCAGGAGCUGGUCAAGAAGCAGAAGUAGAGACCGGAGUCCAAGUCCCCCUAUGUGGGGAAUGGACCCUGGUCAUCAUUCCAGGCGAGGUCGGAUGCACAAUGAGAAGCGCGGAUCGGCCUUUGAAGACGACAACUCUGGAUGGCAGCGUGACCUGGCCUGUCUCAUCAUUAACAGAGACUGCCUUCCUUUCCACAGAAUCUCGAUCGAGGACAUGAAGCGGGAGUUUGACAAGUUUGGCCCUGAACGGGUUGUGCGACAUGGAGAGAACUGGUACAUCCGUUUCGUUUCGUUGGCGCAAGCAAGGAGAUGUCAUGUUGUCCUGGACCAGAAGCCUUUGCUGGGCCAAAAGAUUACCAUUCUGCUUCACGAGCCAGGCGACGAUAAGCUACCCUCGGAGCUCCUUCCAAGGAGGGACAGCAUGAAGGAGCAGGGUCAUCGCCGCUCGUCGGAUAUGGGAAGAAAGUCGAGCGUGUCUUCAAGCGGCAACUCUCGUGCAAAGGCGCCUUCCAAGGAGGACUCCCUUGUUCGCUGGGCUUCGGAUAUGAUCACUCGGGAACUGUUCCAAGUGUUCCUGAAGGAUCUCGGCAAUCGAGUUAUCGGACCAACGAUCUAUGACUUUCUGGAUCCUGUAACCCGCAAAGCGAGGGAGGCUGAGCGAGCAUUGACCCGUGCUCAGGAUCUGAUUCAGGACAAGGAAGCAAAAGAAUUGCCGUCAGAGGAAACGUCAUUUGGCACCCAUGGCACUUCCGCAGAGUUUGGAAUGGAUGUCGCUGUCAAUGGCGAGGCGACAGCAACAGUAGCAGUGUCAGGAUCAGCAGAUAAACCAUCUGGGUCGUCUAAGGCUGGGUCGUCAGGACCCACCAAGCCUAAAUCGGAUUCAGUUCGUCCACCUGUCAAGGCAUUGGACCGAGACUCGCAACAACUUCCUCGCUCUGACGCCAUCCCAAAGCUGCCUAGUUUCAAGAAGAGGACCCAAACCGACUCACCAGUGGCCCGCAAACCACGAUCUGACAAGGAUAAAAAACGGCCCAGCAAGCUCAAGCAGAAGCGACGCACUGGAUCCAGGAAUCACUCCUACUCCCGAUCACGGUCUCGUUCUCGAUCGCGAUCUCGCUCUGGAACUCGCAAUCGUCAUCGCUCACGGUCAGUUUCAGGAUCUCCAUCAAGACAGCGCCAUGCUUUCAAGUCCCAGGGUCGGAUUCCCCGUUCAAUGUCCCGUUCGCGGUCUAGGAGUUACUCUCCCACAGGAAGUCCUUCUCGGGGCCGCACCGCUUUUCGGUACAGGGAAUCAGAGUCUGAUGCAGACCGGAUCAAGGCCGGUGCGUGGAAGCCAAGAGGCGCCCGCAGCUCCUCUAGCCAGGACGAUGAUCGUGGACCCAACCAGCGUCGACAUCCAAAGAAGCAGGACCGACAUGCACGACCAGACCACAAAAAGACGUCUCACAACGGCAACAAGAAGCGCUCUCCUCGACUUCGGGAUUAUCUCAGCAGCAGUGAUGAUGGUCAGGUUGCGGACGACUUUUUGACAGAGUUUCACCAGCGCCAGCCUCAGGGUGAGAGCAGCGAUGAGGGUGAUGAGGAUGAGGACAAUGAGUUCGUUGUGGACGAUGAGGCGGAAGUGGAGAGAAUGGAGGAUGAUGAUGACGGUGAGGUGACCGAAAACGAUGAGAUGGCAGUCGCUGCUGGAAGGGAGAGUGGUGCUGACCAGGACGAUGACGAGACCGGACCCUCUAGAUCCUUGCUUAAACGCAAGCGUGCUCAUGAGCGUGCAUUGGUCAAGGAGGCAGAGCUCAAGAAGUCCAACGAUAUCCUAGCGAUCCCUGAGGCGGAUUCGGGCUCAGACUAUGGGGAAAAUGGAAACAAGUCGCGCAAGAAGAAGGUCAAGAAGCUUUCUACGGCUGUGUCCAAGAAGCCGUCGAUUGAGAAAGUCAGCAAGACCCCACGUCUGGAAGAAAUCCGUUCGGAUGCAGAGUUCCAGGAUGUUGCCGUUGAGGGUGCAAAUCGCUCUUCUACACCGACCAGACGCCAUCUCAAGGAUCCCACCCCCGAAUACUCGGAUUCUUACCUUGUCAGUGGCUCGUCAGACUCAGACUCGGACUCGGACUCGUCCUACUUUGACCUCUACGAGCCUUACGAGUCUGGGAAGACAGAAGGUGGCUUGGUGGUAUCUCAAAAGGAUGCACUACCUUUGGACUUCAACCACGGAGACGAGGAGGAUUUCCAGUUCAUGCGAGCCGCAUUGGAGUUGGAGCGCAAGAGAGCUGCCGAGGAGGAGUCGAGCCGACGCCACGGAGGUAUAUCUUACAACGGCACUGGCGAUAUGGGCGACAGGACGAGUCAACUUCGGAACUUUGAGGCGGCAUUGGCGUUUCAGGAAAGCUCCCGCCUGGAUACGGAACCGUCUGCCCAUCGAACUGGAUCUGCGCGUACCGAAGGCUUUUACAAGAUUUCGGAGAUGGCCAAGGCGAUUUACUUGCCCCAUCGCAAUACGGCACAGGUCAACACGGCGUCCGCCAGGAUCUCGUCCCGUAUGAACCGAGUCAACAACCGACGCAUGUUGGUCGGAAUGGCGACGGACUCGGAUAUCAUGAAGUUCAACCAGCUCAAGGUUCGUAAGAAGCAGCUCCGGUUCGCAAAGUCACCUAUUCACGACUGGGGUCUGUUUGCGAUGGAGAAGGUGGAUGCGAACGACAUGGUGAUUGAGUACAUUGGCGAGGUGAUUCGACAGAAGGUGGCAGACCACCGUGAGAAGCGAUAUGAGCGCAUGGGCAUCGGUUCCAGUUAUCUCUUCCGUGUGGACGACGACACUGUCAUUGACGCCACCAAGAUGGGCAACAUUGCUCGCUUUAUCAACCAUUGUUGCACACCCAACUGCAACGCCAAGAUUAUUACUGUCGACGGGCAGAAGAAGAUUGUCAUUUACGCCAAGCGAGACAUCGAGGAGGGCGAAGAGAUCACGUACGACUACAAGUUUCCUAUCGAAGCCGACAAGAUUCCUUGCCUCUGCGGUUCUCGUGGAUGCCGCGGUACUCUGAACUAA